AGUAUUGGAUGGGCACACACAAAAAAGGACCUUCGAUGAUCAGUGACGGCGGUAAAGAAAACCAGAUGACUUUAGAAGAAUGGAUCAAAGAUAAACCCUGUGCAUUAGGUGAAGGAGUUCUCAAACGUUUUGAUGGCCUUUUGCCUUUCUUGUUUAAAGUUCUUUCUGUAAAUAAAGGCCUAUCAAUACAGGUUUGACAUUUCUUUAUAUAACGAGCUCUUCACAGGCUCUGUAUAGCAUACAUGGUUUUAAAUUUAGCAUCUUGAAAUGAAGGUUCCCAAAUGCCACAGAUUAAUUUACUAUACUGUUCUAAGCCAGAGUCUAUUAGAGGCGUGCUAUUGUACAGUAUUCUGCAUUGUAAAUCACAUACUGUAUGCCAAACAACUUUUAUUCAAAGAAACAAGUAUUAUGUGUAACUGCAAACAGGACAUUGUAUUACUGUGCAGUUUACGUAUACAAACUAUUGUAACAUAUACCUGUCAUACAUAACUAUCAUUUAUAGUAUAGAGCAGGUAGCCUGCGUGGCAGGCGGUAUUUCUAGAGGCAGCGAAAAUUAGGGAGGCGAAGGAACUAAAAACCGCAGGCUAUAUAGAGCAGGCUACACAGCAGCCGUAUUUUCUAACAAACACCUGCAUACAGCCUAGUGUUGGAGAGGUCUUUAUGCAGGCUAGUAUUGGAGAGGUCUAUAUUGUAGAGAUAUUUUCAAAAGAAAAGGAUAUAGCAGGCAGGCCCUCAAUUUGAUGGGGGGCCUGAUUUGCAGUGGGCCUGAUUUGCCACGCAGGCUACACAGUAGAGAGGUUCCGCAAUGAAAGAUUCGAAUGUAUAUAUGUAUGAAACCAUGGAUAAUAAAAUAAAUGGAUAGGAAACUAGAUGACGUGACCUAAUGUGUUCAAUGGGCUGAUGGCGUCAUUGGAUGUUGAAACCUAGUUGCAAACCAAAUUCUCAAAAACGGCAUGUUUAGCAUUAAUACAGCUAAACAUUUUCGUCAAAGAGCAAAUGAAUAUAACUACGCCAUUCUACGAUGAAAUCUCUAAGUAUUCCCAGUCAAUUUUAGCAAAUAUUUCAAGCACUAAACAGUGAAAAAGGCAUCCCAAAUUUCGUUAAAAUUGGGGACGCCAAUUUCGUAGCUACAAAUGUAAAAAAAUGCAAAACAAAGACAAAAACAUUUACCUUGAAUACCUUAUCGUGGCUUAGGCAUGUUUUUAAAACAAUUAGACCAGUUUAUGCUUCAAUAUUACUCUUUUAAAGCGGAAAGUAUAGCGAAACAACAAAAAUGCCGAGAACUUUGCAAUACGCGUGACGUCACAGAUUGCAACUAGGUUGUUUUGCUUACGUCAGCUAGAGUCCUAUCCAUUUAUUUUAUUAUCCAUGAUGAAACGCGCCUACAACUGUGAUUUCUCACGACCCACUGCAAACUCUUUCUGGCUUUAUUUUUCUCAAUACUAAUAUAACAAGUUUUGUGAAAGGGAGUUUACCUAUAGUUGUGUUCAUAAAUUAAUUCUAUCUUGAAAAUAUUUGUUAGGCCCAUCCUACAAAAGAAUUAGCUGCUCGACUUCAUCGGGAAAAACCUGAAAAUUAUCCAGAUGACAAUCACAAGCCAGAGAUGGCCAUAGGUAAGUGUACAGAACGGUUUGUGCCAGACUGAGUGUGGGUAGCGACGAUAACAAGACAACUGUGCGUUGAGAGACACGACUACCUGAAAAACGUUAGUUGUGUCUCUAUCAAUCUGCAGUUGUUAAGUACUAUUUAAAACACGAGUACGAGUGUUUUAUCAGAUUUUAAACGCGAGGCCAGUGGCGCCGUGGCCGGGGGGGGAGGCAUGCCCCCCCCUAUUGUUGAGACCCGUCGGAAAAUUGUCAGUGUUGUCGGAAAUUGUCAAAGUUGUCGACGGGGGGAAGUGAAGAUUUAAAAUGUUCUCGUCCGGAAAAAUGUUUGGUUUGUCAGAAAAGUUUUUCGGUUUGUCGGAAAAGUGCUGCCCUUGCCUAGCCUGCGUGCAGCCUGACUUUAAAGGGGGAAAAGUCAGUCUACGAAUCAGGGAACAAAACCGUGUUCGCGCCAUCUUUUGAAUUGCAUGUAUUUCUGUAUUCAAACGUGAUUGGCUAUUGCUCAGAAGCUUAAUACACGCGCUUCGAUUGGCCAAUUGUUAAUACAUUUAGUUCAAGCGCGAAGAGCAUUAUUGUGUGUAAUUUAUGCACGAAGCCCAUACAAAAGAUGUAUGAAAGGGUUCUCAUUGAGUGUUCUCAAGACGCCAUUUUGCUAGGUACAGAGUGUCCCAAAACCACAAAAACUAUUGAAAUAACGUUUGUCAGAAUUUGAAUGCCUCAGCACUCUCCUGAACCCACAUGUGCAUCAAAGCUUGACCAGGGCCGCCGAGAGGUUGGCGGGAGCCCGGGGCAAAUUAUUUUUUUGCGGGCCCCCUAUCCAAAAAAUUUUUCCGGAAAAAUUUUUUUUCUAGAUAACAACCUCCCCCCCCCCCACCCGUCGCCAAAAAAUUUUCGGUCAGUGUACCAUUUUAGGGGUCAAAAAUUUUUUUCCGGAGUAAAAAUUUUUCCGGACGAGUACGUUGCAAUUGCUUUCCAGGGACUUUAUCUCAUUUUUUUAUGCCGAAUUUCGGUACUUAGCCCAAGAAAACAGAUAUCUUGUCCUUUGCGUGGAAAUAUUUAACACACAAAAAAGACUGGGGCGCAACAAAAAAUUUUCAGGGGCCCGCAGCACCUCGGGGCCCGGGGCAAUUUGCCCCCCCCCCCUCUCGGCGGCCCUGAGCUUGACAUAAUUAAAUUGUAUGCAUGAAGAAACUGUUUAAGAAGUUGUUUAAAAUUCCCAUGAGCAGUGUGCUUUACAAAGAUAUUUUAAUUUCUUAAUAAGUCAAAUAUUUAAUAUAUGCACCCUGCCAAUAUUUUACGCAUGUUUACGUUCAGCUUAAGGCCCUGUUACACGGUGCAAUUUUUCAUGCAACUUGUCUCGCAAUGUUUAUAAAAAGAUUUUGAUAAUGCAUUGCAAGAGGUGUUACACACUGCAAUGAUUUUCAUGCAACUCGCAACGAUAGGGGACAGAGGCAUGCGAAGAGACCAGGGAGAGGCGCUAUUUGGCGCCAAAUUUUAAUUAAAAUAAAGCGUGUACUGGGGAGAGCCAAUAGGAACUCUCCAAGCUAUAAAUAUUGCGAGACAAGUUGCACGAAGUCAUGUUACACGCUGCAACGCUUAAAAUAAUUAGUGCAAUCGUUGCCAAAAGUAGAACCGACUUCUACUAUGUGCAAUGCUUCAUGCAACUUGUCUCGCAACGAUUUUGACCAUUGCAAGGCAUGUUAAACGGUGCAAUGUUUCACGCCAUUGCGAGACAAGUUGCAUGAAAAAUUGCACCGUGUAACAGGGCCUUUAGUGCUAGUGUAUUCAAAUUGUAACAAUACGGUCAAUACGGGUACUGUGAUACGGACACCCUGUAUAUCAUUUUGUUGAACUGAAUGUAUUAACAAUUGGCCAAUCGAAGCGCGUGUAUUAAGCUUCUGAGCAAUAGCCAAUCACGUUUGAAUACAGAAAUCCAUGCAAUUCAAAAGAUGGCGCGAACACGGUAUUGUUCCCUGAUUCGCAGACUGACUUUUCCCCCUUUAAAGUCAGGCUGCACGCAGGCUACCCUUGCCCCCCAACAAAAACAAAAAAAAACAUGGGUCCCACGGCGCCACUGCGCGAGGCGCAGCCGAGCGUUUUAUGUUUGAUAAAACACGACAACGACAACGAGAGCAUUUCUCGUUUAAUUUUAACAGCUCUGACAGAUUUUGAAGGACUGUGUGGCUUUCGGCCUUACGAUGAAGUCGCCACUUACUUGGAAACAAUACCAGAAUUAGAAACUGUAGUUGGUAUGGAGGAAAGCUCUUCAUUUAUUUCCGCUUGCAAAGGUGAGUUGUGUGUUGUCACGAUAAAGGAUUUGACUAAAACUAAACCCAGUCCGCGUAUAUUUAAGGCCUGUUUAAACGGAUCCAACAUUGUUGGACCAACAUCAUCCAACAAUGUUACUAUAAUAGAUAUGACUGCUUCUCUUUCAAAUCUUUUUGGUUAGAUAAGCUUUACUCAAACUCUAAACCUAGUCUUGACAAAAAUAUUUGAAAAAGAAGUCGUUUGGGCCAUUAUUUCAACAAUGUUGGAUGAUGUUGGCCCAACAAUGUUGGAUCCGUUUAAACAAGGCUUUAGUCUGGCCUACUGUAUAUAUGGAAUUGGAAAAAAAAUAUAGGAAAGUUUUAUGCGUAUAGGUCGCUUCACCUUCUUUACACUAGAGGGAUGAAUUCUUCGAUGUUAUUUGUUAUUUUUGGUGGAAAAUCAUCUCGGUUUUCAGCUCUAUAUCCGGAAACUUUGAAUCCAGGAAGCAAAAACUUGCCUCAAUUAAGGUAAUUCCGCAGUUUUGCAUUGCGCACUUUUACUGCGCACAUCUUGUAACUUAUAAUUUCAUCCAUUAUACGUACCGUUUAAAAAAAAAAUCAUUUUAUGACAAUUUUAUGUUACUUCAAAACAUCUUUGGUUACAUUCGUGCAAAGAAUUACGUUAAAAUCAAUGUUUUCAAAAAAGGCAUACAAAAGUGUAGCUAGGGUUCCCUGUGUCUGUAGUAUAUUUAUUUACUUGUAUUUCACGUUUUAAUGCCACAAUUCCCUAAAAAGAUCGGUGACCCCCGUUUUAUAACUGAUAAUUUAUUUCUUUAAUGCAUUUUACAUUUUAUAUCCGAAAUUAAAAGAAAAAUCAUUUCUGGAUCUUGAAAAAAAAUCCUUUAUCAAUGCAUGUUCUCAAAGAAAGAUAUGUAAAGAAAUGUGGAAAAGACAUCUGUGGAUUAGAAUUGUACACGUUAGUAGUUUCAUUUUGCUCAAAACAUAAUAUUUUUUCCAAAAUAAUUUUCCAAGAUAGGUUUACUAAAGCAAAAUUCGCUCUAAAAACGUCAAUAAAUAUCGGGCUGUUGUGAUUUUGCUGUUACUCGUAUUAAUGAGCGUCAGGAUGGCGCCAUAUUGGGGGUAAAGGUGGUAUAUUGUAAUUGUCAUAUCUUCUUAACGAGUUCGGUGACCCCGACUUUUUUGUGUGAUUUUACUUUAAGUAUAUCAUAAACUCCAUGCCUGGGAAGUUUCAGCACAUUCUCAUUUCGGGAACAAUUACUGCGGAAUUACCUUAAGGCCCGUGUAAACGGGCGAUUUUUGCUGCGAUUUUUGUUGCGAUUUUUGUUGCGAUUUUUUCCUUUUGGAGGAUGUGAAGGAGAGAUUACUUAAUGAUGUUGUUAUGAGAUUUCAUAACCUGGAACAUUUAUAACUGAUCUACUUCUUCACAUUCUCCAAAAGCAGAAGAUCGCGCAACUGAAAUCGCAGCAAAAAUCGCCCGUGUAAAUUGGCCUUAAAAGCUGCUACAUGUAUUUUAUUAUACUUAUUUCAAAAUUUCUAUUUCACUCUACAUUUCAUAUAAUUUUGUUCAGCUAGCAACGAUGAACAUGUUAGGAAGUCAUUUUUCAAGAGAUGUUUUACCUCAUUGAUGACGAGAGACACAAAUAUUGUUAAAGAAUCGUUAUCAGCACUGGUCGGUCGACUGAGUAAAAACACUAAUUCGUCUGCAGAUUUAAAAGACUUACUGUUGCGAUUAAAUUCACAAUUUCCAGGAGACGUUGGUUGUUUUUGUAUUUAUUUUAUGAAUCACAUAAUCUUGAAACCUUUGCAAGCAAUGUUCCUGGCACCCAAUCUUCCACACGCUUACUUGGAUGGAGGUGAGAGACAUCAAACCAAAUAUCGAACCUUUGGCAUUUCAUAUUUGUACCGGUUUCAUCAUACUAGCUCCCUGACAAGGGAUUGGCGAAAACUGUUAUUACAAUUAUAACGGUAACCCAGUAAAUAAUCAAUCAGCCUUUCUCACCCCGCCAUUUUUGGGUAGCUUUUCAGCCGAAGUCGGCGAGAUAAGUCCACACAACAGCGACGUUUUAUAAUUUUUUGGACGAAUGAUGGUAAAUUUUCUUUGUAAAUGGUUAGUUUAUUUUGAAAAAUUACUUUUUACAUUGUUUUAAUUAUCAGCAUUGGUUAACGAGAAUUAGUAUAAUUACAUAGGUGAUUAUUGAAAAUUCUCCACGCUGAUUGGUUACCGUUGAGGUGAUUAUUACGCGAUAAUCACCUAAGCGAUUUUCAAAAUGGCGGCCGAAGCCGUUUUGUCAAUUAAAAGACGAAGAAAUGUGCAUUUUUUAAUUUUUUUCAAAAAAAUCACCUAUGAAAUUAUACUAAAACAAUUAUUCACCUCAGGCUCGGUGAUUAUCGUGAAUAAAAACCUCGACUUCGUCUCGGUUUUUAUUCACCGAUAAUCACCUCGCCUUCGGUGAAUAAUUGUUAAUUAGAUGCCACCCAAAAAUGGCGGAUAUUCGUCAUCAUGAGAAAGGCUGACUCCUUCAUUUUGCAAUUAUUUAGUGCAUGAUUAACCAUCGCUGAACGGGUGUCUUCGUAGCAGCAUUUGCUUUCCUCUCGGGAGUGGUUAUCGCUCUCUCCGGAUUUUUUACAACUGGCCCUUAAUGUUGUCUAAAGUUUUGCGGAUCUGUAGACACCUGUACAUGUUUCUGCGAAGGAGACUAGACCAAAUUAUAUUACACUAUCAUGAUAAAAUCUUGAGAGUGGGGUUACAGUUUAGGUUAUGAUGAACAAUACACUGGAAAAUAAAUAACAAGAACGUCGACGUUUCGAGCGAAGGCCCUUCGUUUUGAGACUUGCAGAACAUGUUCAUUUUCGUAGACGGAGGCCGUAGUAGCUUGGUCGAAACGUCCUUUAUAGGCUUUACUAAUGUACAUAUAUUUUUAGUCAGAGACAACUUUUUAAAUAUUGUUAUAUUUUACAUUAUAUUCUUAUAAAUUGGUGUUCAUGAUCGGUGUUCAAGGAUAUAUAAUUGUACAAACCUACAUCCUAUGUCUUCGUUUUCAGAUUGCAUUGAAUGUAUGGCUUGCAGCGAUAAUACAGUACGAGCAGGUUUGACACCAAAGUUUCGUGACGUAAAAACUCUUUGUGACAUGCUUGAUUAUUCUCCUGGAUCAAGAGAAGACAACAUGUUUAAAUGUGAGCGAGAUCCAUCUUGCCCAUAUUCCGAAGUAUAUAAUCCUCCUGUGCCGGAUUUUGCAGUUCGAAAAAUACUAGUAAGUGUUGUGUUUUUUUUUCUUCUUGAAAAUUCUAGGCCUACUUGAAUUGAACUAUAGCGACCUUAGCAUGUCAGUGAUCUCACCGCGUAUAUUGCAUAAAACUAUAAUUUACAGUAUGUGUAUCGCAGCACAGAGGGAUUUUUCAGCACUUUUAAUGCCUUUGGUGUCGUGUUAUAUUUAUGUACUACUCUAUAUAUUAAAUGUCAUACACAUUCUCAUAGGGAAUCUGCUUUGUGUUUAUGCGCCCGCCACUAAUCUAUGUAAACAAGCAUUGUGAUUGGUUACAAUGAACACAAUGAAACCAAAGAAUGAAUUUUCUAUGAGUCGCAAGCAUUGAUCACCGUUGUUUAAUAAGCAAGCCAUAUGUUGCGGCGUACAUGCACUAGUCAUUAAUUACUAUAAUGUAUUCGCUUUACCAAAAUGUAAACCCAACAUAUUCUGACUGGAAUGGUUUUAAAAUGAGCAAUUUUGUUCUUUUUUCGCUCUACAGGUUCCUUGUAAAGAGAUCAGUUACAUGUUGAGGCCGCUAAAUGGUCCAAGCAUUAUCAUUAUAAUUGAAGGAAAAGGACAUUUUGAAAAAAGUGAUUUCAACAAACAGAUUGCUAUUUCUGCUGGAACUACCGUAUUCUGUUCUGCUAGUCAUUCAUUGAUCAUUAAUAAGGAGAAUACUAAACUGUUUAUGUUUCAAGCUUACUGUGAAGUAAAUUCACAGUAAAAACAAAUUGGUUUAUGGGUUAUUUUAACCAAUUUGUUUUUAAAGUGUUCUAUUUGAAUUUGGAAUUUACCAGUGGAGAGGAUGCGCUAAUUUAAGGUGGCUCAAUACAGUUUUUGAAAUAUGACAAAAUCGUGAGUUAGAUUUAAUUUUUUGAAGAGAGGUUUCUUGUUAGAAGACAAAAAGUAUACCACAUAUAUUGAGCAAUCUUCUAGG